GGAUCCGCCAACGAGUAGAGUUUAUGUGCUUUUGAAAAUUUCUCUGAACCUGAGAUUUCACAUGUGAAAAAAUGGAGAUAAUGUCUACCUUGGGGAAGAAAAUGAGCCUUAAGUCUGAACGCCGAGGAAUUCAUGUGGAUCAAUCAGAGCUCCUUUGCAAGAAAGGAUGUGGUUACUACGGCAACCCUGCUUGGCAGGGUUUCUGUUCCAAAUGCUGGAGGGAGGAGUACCACAAAGCCAGGCAGAAGCAGAUUCAGGAGGAUUGGGAACUGGCAGAGCGACUACAGCGGGAGGAGGAAGAGGCCUUUGCCAGCAGUCAGACCAGCCAAGGGGCUCAGUCCCUCACAUUUUCCAAGUUUGAAGAAAAGAAAACCAAUGAGAAGACUCGCAAGGUUACCACAGUGAAGAAGUUCUUCAGUGCUUCUUCCAGGGUUGGAUCAAAGAAAGCAGAAAUUCAGGAAGCAAAAGCUCCCAGUCCUUCCAUAAACCGGCAAACCAGCAUUGAAACGGAUAGAGUGUCUAAAGAGUUCAUAGAAUUUCUCAAGACCUUCCACAAGACAGGCCAAGAAAUCUAUAAGCAGACCAAGAUGUUUUUGGAAGCAAUGCAUUACAAAAGGGAUUUAAGCAUUGAGGAACAGUCAGAGUGCACUCAGGAUUUUUACCAGAAUGUGGCUGAAAGAAUGCAGACUCGUGGGAAAGUGCCUCCUGAAAGAGUUGAGAAGAUAAUGGAUCAGAUUGAAAAGUACAUCAUGACUCGUCUCUAUAAGUAUGUGUUCUGUCCAGAAACGACUGAUGAUGAGAAGAAAGAUCUUGCUGUUCAAAAGAGGAUCAGAGAGAUUAGAAGGGAGGGGAGAGAUAGAGCGCUCGAGAGAAACAUAGUUGUGAGAAAGACACAUCGAUUGGUUGCCUCCUACACACAUCCCCACCAGGGUCAGGGAUCAAGUCUACAAUCAAGAGCCCUGCACUGGGUUACACCUCAGAUGCUUUGUGUCCCUGUUAAUGAAGAAAUUCCUGAAGUGUCUGAUAUGGUAGUGAAAGCAAUUACAGAUAUUAUCGAAAUGGAUUCGAAGCGGGUGCCUAGAGAUAAGUUGGCCUGCAUCACCAAGUGUAGCAAGCAUAUCUUCAAUGCCAUCAAGAUCACCAAGGAUGAGCCAGCUUCAGCCGAUGACUUCUUACCUACUCUCAUUUACAUUGUUUUGAAGGGUAACCCCCCACGCCUUCAGUCUAAUAUUCAGUAUAUCACCCGCUUCUGCAACCCAAGCCGAUUAAUGUCUGGAGAGGAUGGCUACUAUUUCACCAAUCUGUGCUGUGCUGUGACUUUCAUUGAGAAGUUAGACGCUCAGUCUUUGAAUUUAAGUCAGGAAGACUUUGAUCGAUACAUGUCUGGCCAGACUUCUCCCAGAAAGCAAGAAUCUGAGAAUUGGUCUCCUGAUGCUUGUUUAGGUGUUAAGCAAAUGUAUAAGAACUUGGAUCUCCUGUCUCAAUUGAAUGAACGACAGGAAAGGAUUAUGACUGAAGCCAAGAAACUUGAAAAAGACCUAAUAGAUUGGACUGAUGGAAUUGCAAAAAAGGUUCAAGACAUUGUUGAGAAAUGUCCACUUGAAAUUAAGCCCCCAAAUCAGUCUUUAGCAGCUAUUGACUCUGAAAAUGUUGAAAAUGACAAACUUCCUCCACCAUUGCAACCUCAAGUAUAUGCAGGAUGAUAAAAUGUACAGAUAGUAUUUAUUUGAGCCUAAAUUGUAGCUAGUCCUUACUACAGUCCACUGAUUGAGAUAUAGAAUAUAACUUAAUUGCUUUUAAGUGUCAGAGCAUUUUUCAAGGUACAGUUUGUGGGGAUUGUUUUUGUUUUGUUUUCCUGGCAGGGGAAGCUUAGUAAAUAAUAAAGUACUAUUUAUUUGAGUUACUGAAAUAGAUUCAUUUAAGGCUUGUGUGAAAUUUUUGUCUAAAUCUAUUUUUUCUCCACGAUUUUCCUAUGUGCUUCCAUGUGGUAUUCAGUGUGGUUUAGAUUUGGGUAAAUAAUUGCCUCUUAAAGGGUAAAACAAAUGAAUGCUACAAAUGUAUGUUUAAGGGAAUUCAAUGGUACCACUAUUCUAUAAUUUAAAAUAAUUUUAUAAUUGUAAAGAUAGAAGAUAUAUUGAUAAGUAAGUAUAUAAAAUUGUAUAUAUGUAAAAAAAGAAAAAAGGAAUGGUGUGUGCUGUGCAUGGCAUUUCAUAUGUUCAUUUUUUGGGUUUAAAAUGGUGUAUUGAAUGUUUGCCUUUAACACCAUUUUACUUGGUUUGCCCCACUACAGUGAAUGUAGAAGUUUUUAGACAUACUUCCCUUAAAAUGUUGACUCUAUUUUUGACACUAUGGUAACCCUGAUUUUAAGGUCCUGUAUAGUCCUGUAUAGUCAGAGACUAUGACACCAUUGAGGUUCAGAAUAAUUUUAAGUUUAAUUCACUGUUCAGUAUACUCAGUUGAAGGCUUUGAGCCAUGCUUCUCACACCUCUUUCCUCUAUCCAUUCAGCAAAUAUUUAUUGAGCUCUUUGAUGUAAAGGAGACCUUGCUCUGGGUCAAAGGACAGCAGGGACCAGGACUCUGCUGAUGAGAGCUGACGGGGAGCUCUCAGAACUGUAAAGUGCAGGUGACCUUUUGCCUCCAUAGUGUACUUUUGACUUUAUGGACAACCCAGACACAUGUCACAUAAACCUCUUUUUGGGUUUCUCAACUUCAGCACUAUUGACAUUUGGGGCCCGAGGAGUUUUUGUUGUGUGGUGCAACAUCCCUAGCCUCUAUACCCACUAGUGACUAGUAGCAACCCCCCCCCCCCCCCAGUUGCGAAAAAUCAUCGUAGAUAUUGCCGAAUGUUACCGGGGGUGGGGAGCAAAAUUGCCCCCAAUUAAGAACCACUGAUCUAUAUUGUAAGCAAGGUAGUUCUGCCAGUGGUUAAUAUGCUGUAACCAAAGAAUAUUGCAUGAAGUGCACACCAUACUGUUAACUGACCUCUUCCAGUGAGGCUUUACCGUCACCAUCCAUGCAAAACUUUUUCUGAUUCUAAUGGAGCCUUUCAUAACUUAAAUAUGCUGCUUAUGAUACUCCUUCCCAGCAAUCAUUUCUACAAAUUAUCAGUGUACCUGUGAAAUUGUGAGUAAUUCCCAGGGAAUUACCAUUCUUGAACAAGAUCACAUCACACAAGCAGUAAAGAAAGUUUCCUUUGUUUUCCCAAUAUCUUGCUAAUAAUGUACCACAAAUUUGUAGUCAGUAAUUUUGGAAUAAAACUAGGGUGCAUAUAAAACUUUUUAUCCUUAAAUUUACAUAUAAAAUCCAUCAAGUUGACAAGUCUGUUGUCAUAAAGCACUGAAGACAUGAGUCAGCUGAUCACCAAGUUCCUAUGGAAUGGAAUGAGUUACUGUGAAAUAUGAAUGAGAACUUGCUCUUAGAAACGUGGGCCCAAACGAUUUUCACACAAAGCUUUUCUCCGUUUUUCUGUUUUAUUUUCUAUGUACUUUCUAGGUGCUAACCCAGAUAUGCACACUCUUAAUUCUCCUGGGAAUAUAUAGUUCUUUUAGUCAUUGUACAUUAUGUCUGUUAAAUGAAAUGUGUGUAUCAGCCUCCCACUGAAGCAGUCUUCUUUGGAUUUCUUACAUAUCUUAAGGCAAUAUGUUGAAUUGACUUUUUUGUAUAUAUCAUAUUGGUUGAAUUCUUCAGAUGUGGACUCUUGCCUUAGCUAGAGGCUUAUAUUUCUCUUAAGCAUCAAUACUAUGGCCAGAGUUUCUGUUUUCUCAACCAGAAAGUAUUGAUAUUUCAUGUACUAUAAAUGUGAUUAGAAUAAACCUUGGGAACAGAAGUCCUUAUCAAUAAAAUUUCAUGAUCCAUUCCUUUUCCAAACUGA